GUUCAUUUCUUUCAGCUGAAGUGGCUCACGGGUCCUGAGGUGGGAAUUUGUUGCUGUUUGAGGAAGGAUGUACUGCAGGGGUGUGUGCUGCUGUAACCGCUGGUCAUCUGAGGACAGGUUAGAUGGGAAAACAGUCAUCAUCACCGGAGCUAAUACUGGUAUUGGCAAAGAGACAGCAAGAGACCUGGCAGGGAGAGGUGCGCGUAUCAUCAUGGCGUGCAGGGACCUGGAGAGGGCAGAGGAGGCCAGGUCGGACAUUUUGGAAGAAACAGGGAAUGAAAACUUGGUUAUAAGGAAGCUGGAUCUGUCUGACACCAAGUCCAUUAGAGCCUUUGCUGAAAUCAUCAACAAAGAGGAGAAACAAGUAAAUAUCCUGAUAAACAAUGCAGGCAUCAUGAUGUGUCCCUACUCCAAGACUGCUGAUGGGUUUGAAAUGCAGUUAGGGGUCAAUCAUUUGGGUCACUUCCUGUUGACUUACCUGCUGCUGGACCUCAUAAAGCAGUCAGCUCCGUCCCGUAUCGUUGUUGUGGCAUCGGUGGCCCACACCUGGACCGGGCUACAGCUGGAAGACAUCAACAGUGAAAGGAGUUAUGAUACCAUGAAGGCCUACGGACAGAGCAAGCUGGCUAAUGUCCUCUUUGUACGCUCACUGGCAAAACUCUUACAAGGUACAGGGGUUAGCGUGUUCUCUCUGCACCCGGGUGUGGUGCAGUCUGACUUGUGGAGGCACCAGCACCAGUGUAUCCAGGUGGCAGUGAAAAUCUUCAGCGUUUUCACCAAGACAACGGUGGAGGGAGCACAGACCACCAUCUACUGUGCUGUACAGCCCGGCCUGGAGAGUCAGAGUGGAGGUUACUUCAGUGACUGCGCUCCCGCAAGGUGCUCAAGGGCUGCUUCUAAUGACGAUUUGGCCCAGAAACUGUGGGAGGUCAGUUGCAACAUGCUCGGCAUCACCUGGCAGUGAAUAGCUGCAAACCAACUAUACAGGGAAGAUUUGUUGACAUUGUAUGCUACUGUAUGUAUAAACAUCAUCAUUCAAACAGCACUGUUAAGCACUUUCAUAGAGGCAUUAAGGUCAAUGUUAUUGUUGUGGAAAAGAUGUACAGUAUUUUAUGUCAGAAUAGUCCAAAAGACAUUGGAUCACUACCAGAAGCUCAUUUAUUUUAUAAAUGAUCAAAGAAAAUCUUACAUUUUAGUCAUAUUAUAUUUAUCAGACUAUUGUAUAAUCAUAACCCACAUGGCAAACUGUAAGAAUUCACUGACAGAAGUUUUUGCAGAAUUUGAAAAAUGUUAAAACAAUUUUGAAGUGUAUUUUUACUGUAUUUUCACUAACUGAAGUGGGCAUUCUUAGUUGAGUUGGUUUUGUACCUUGAGCGUAGAUAUUGUCAGUCUUUUACAAAUGUUAGCUUGAUAUACUUCUCUUAAGAAGGAAGGCUCACUUUACGUCUGCCGUUAGUUUAGCUUAAGUGUGACAGAGGGAUAGUUUUUGAUAUUGAGGAGAAAAGUGUUUCCAAAAGUAAUUUACAGAGUAAUAACCGGAUGAAAUACUGUACAAUAUGGCACACGUACAGUAUUGUGAUUGACAAUUGAGACAGUUCGGUGAUACUUAAUAGGCAGUGGGUACAUUUCUGCUUUUAGAAUAGCGCCCUGAAAAUCAUAAUGUACAUAUAUUGAUCAGUAAAAAUGAAAUCCUUAUUGUGCUUUUGUUGAACAGUUUUGUGUCAUGCAGUCUGCUGUUUCAGCUAAGAAAGCUUCGGACUUACAACACUGAUGAUGUGGCUUUAUUGAAGUGACAUGGUUACAAUGUGUCAGCAUGUUGUAGUUUUCUGUUAAUGUGACAUAUCUUCUAUAUCAUCAGUGGUGGAAGAAAUACUCAGAUCUUUUACUUAGGUAAAAAUACCGAUAUAGCAAUGUAGAAAUACUCCAUCGCAAGUAAAAGUUCUGCAUGAAAAAUGCUAUGUAAGUAAAAGUACAUAAGUAUUAGCAGCAAAAUGUAGUUAAAGUAUUGCUGUAAAAGUAGUGGUUUGGUUCAUGUAUUAUUGUAUAGGACAUAAUAAUAUUAUUAAUACUGAAGCAACAGUGUGUAAGCAGCACGUUACUGCUGUAGCUGCUGUAAGUGGAGCUAGUUUUAAUUAUCCCAGCAUAGGGGCUGGGUCCCUCCAAAGGGUCACCAGUGAAAUCUAAGGGGUUGUGAGAUGAUUGAUGGGAGAGAAAAGAAGAAAAACAAAGUUCUGAUACACAAAUAAAUCUGUUUUCAUUUCAUAGACAUCUGAAAUGUGACCCAGACUACACACUGCUGUUUGUAAGACGUUGAAAUUAAAUAACUUGUAAACCACUGGUUUCAUCUUUAACAAUGUGUUGUAUUUUAAAAGCUUGUUAUAUCAUCCAUUGUGUCAUAUCUUCAUUUGAAAAUUAAGUAAAGCUGUUAGAAAGUGCUAUACUUCCCUCUGAAAUGUAGGCUAGCGGAGUGGAAGUAUAAAGUAGCAUCAAAUGAAAAUACCCAAGUAAAGUAGGCCACAAGUACCUCAUAUUUGUACUUACGCACAAUAAUUGAGUAAAUGUACUUAGUUAUUUUCCCCACUGUAUACUAGCUACAAUUGGUACAUAAUGUAAACAUUAAAUCUGUCACAAAGCAAAGUUCUGCU